UUGACGCGCUGAGAGGAGGACAGAGCGUCACAUCUCUCCAAACGCCCAUCAAACUUUCGGCAGAGAGGACUCAGUGCUCCAGAAGAGGCCUGUUAGAGAGAACGCGCUGAUUUUUUUGGACAUGCACAGCAAUGGAGAGACUUUUGACGAUAGGUUUUGGUGCAGUUUGACCUCAUUGUGAUCACCAUCUGAAAGCACCUUCUCCAGUUUCCCUAUCCUUUCAGGAACCGAGCGAGGGAUGGAGCAAGCACCCAGCGCACCGAGUCCUCCUCCAAAACCAGUCAGCCACGAACCCAUCAGUUUCGGCAUCGACCAAAUUCUGGGAGCCGGUUCGGAGCCGGAAAGCGGGCGCACGCCGGGGAGACAGAGUGGAUCUGAUUUAAGCAACGGGGACGCCUAUUAUAGUUUAGGAAAUCCGAGCGGUGCCAACGCGCCCUCAUACACAGCGCUGUCCAUCUCCCUCUCUGGGAUCAUGCCUCCAGUGGAGGCGUCCGGUUCGUACGGAGAGAACGGGAAUCUGGGCAGCCGGGGUGUGAUACGAGUCCCGGCUCACAGACCUGUAACGGCCCCGGGACCCCCGGCACCUGUCCAGAGCGCUGUUCCCGGGUUUGGGGGGCUGUGCUUCCCCUGGAUAGGAAACAGGUUCGCCAAGGACAGAAUAUCAGCGGCAUUGGUGCCUUUUGCAGUCACUAGGCGGAUUGGUCACCCGUAUCAGAACCGGACCCCUCCUAAGCGGAAAAAGCCCCGAACCUCCUUUUCCAGAGUCCAGAUUUGCGAGCUGGAGAAGCGCUUCCACCGGCAGAAGUAUCUGGCCAGCGCUGAGCGGGCCGCUCUGGCCAAGAGUCUGAAGAUGACCGACGCGCAGGUCAAAACCUGGUUUCAGAACCGCAGAACCAAGUGGAGGAGACAAACAGCCGAAGAGAGAGAGGCGGAGCGUCAGCAGGCCAAUCGCCUCAUCCUACAGCUGCAGCAGUCCGCCCUCCAGAAGUCCCUCAGCGAAUCGGCGGUGUCGGAUCCACUAUGCGCCCACAACUCCUCCCUGUAUGCUCUGCAGAACCUCCAGCCGUGGGCCGAGGACAGGGAAUAGGGACAGAUAAAUUAAAUGAAACCACUGGGACUUACUUUGAUUCAUGCAUUAUGGAGGAACAAAUGUGACUUGAUACUGAAGCACGGGUCCCAUCUAUUUGAGUGGAGGAUUUUAGAACUGGACAUGAAAAUCUGGUGAGUGAUGCGCACUCAGAAGCAGAAACUGGGUUAAUUUCAAUUUACUACGGUGGGUGGAAAAAUCAAAACGGAGCAAAAAAAAAAAAAAUCUAAAGCAGACCCUUUCAAGAAACCUUGCCACCAUGUAAUUGUCCUCUUAUGCUUGCACUUAUUCUGUUCAUUAGAAUAAGAGGGGGAAGAAAUGUCUGGUCAGCCGUUUGUCUGAGGGAUGUAAUUAAUUUCACACAGGAAAACAUGGGAUUCUAUUGUUUUAUGAGUCUGCUUUUUCCCGAAAAUACCCAUUGUUGGGUGCAUCAGUUCAGCUAAAAUACAACAUGUGUCAAAGUAGAAACAAAAGCUGAUGUUGUUUCUCAUCAUUCUUUCAUUUUUGUGGUGCUUAUUCAGCUCCCUCAUAAAAAAAAAAAAAAAAAAUGUUUCUAAUGCACCCUCACCAUCCUGCAUAUAUAAAAAGCAACACUUGGGCCUAACAAAAAGAUGCCAAAAUAUUUAAUUUCGGGCGAGAAACGUUGUUUGAGUUGUAAUAAAACGAAAACAGGUUGCAGGAGGUACGAAAUUUUUCACCCAUUGCUAUAAGUUAGAAUGAUAAAAGAAGUGAUGCAUGCUCAGAGAUGUUGCUGAAGUCCUUCCAUAUGCACAUUAUGUUUUUCAAUCGAGCCAGAAAACUCUGUUUUGUACUAUUACUGUACAUGUGUAAAUAAUAUUAUAAACUGUUGUUGUGAUUUUUUAUUUUUCAUUCACGCUCCUUUCUGGUGCAGCAAAAAUGAUUUUUAGGAUUUUAACUGUGUGUUAUUAUAAGGUACAGAAGGGGAAAAACACGUGUGGUAGAAUGGUAAAAACAUUACAUGAGCUUUUUGUUUUUUCAUGAAAAGUUUAUUGAUAAAUAUGAUUUUAUACAAUAUUUCAAUACACACAUCAUUUGAAUUGACAGUUUUUAGUGUAUACAUGCUGUCUACCUCUCUGUCUUCUUGUCUGGAUUUCUGCAACUCAUUCAGAUGACAUUAUUGGUAUAGCACAGUGAGUAAAAGUAAAAUAUUUAAAUCAUUCAAUCCUGCGCAAUCUUCUGAA